AUGGCUGAGAAUUCAAUUAAUUGUGACGAUUCCAAGGAAGUAAACGAGUUGAAUCAUGUUGAUAACGUAGAUAAUGGUGAUCAAAUUAUAGACCAAGAGAUUCAAGAAAGUAAAGUACCAGAUCUCGAGAUACAAACAAUUGAAAAAGUUCAAUUAUCCGACUCACCACAACCUUCUCCACGUCAACAAGCUGCAACGUCAAAUGCUAGUCGAUAUCAUUCAUAUCGUCAAGGAAUGACUCGUGCUGAAAGAUUGAAGAUAAUGAUUAAUCAAGCAAAACUAAAAGCACGUAAAGUUCGUCUUGGUGAAGGUAUGAAAUCGGUUUUUCGAGCUAGUAUGGAUGAUAUUGGUGCACUUGGUAUUGGAAUGCAGCUUUACUUUAUGUUAACAAAGUAUUUAAGUGUUGUAUUCCUUUGUAUGGGUCUCAUUUCACUUCCUGCUGUAGUUGUGAAUAUGUAUGGACAUGGAAUUACAAGUAAAUUAGUAGAUCCACUUCAACUUGCUUACUCUUCGAUCGGUAAUGGUGGUGUGAAUGACGAUACUGCAGCAUCAGUUCGAAAUUGUCUUCCAAUUGGGGAUAUUGACUGUACAUGGAAGACAGUUGAUACCCCUCUAACAUCAAACCCAAAAACUGUCACAUGGAUUAUUACACUCACAGAUGUAGUCUAUUCCUUUUUCUUUCUCUGUUUCUUACUCUUUUAUUCCUAUCGUGCUACUAUUGCAAUUCAAGAACAUCAAACAAAACAUUUGACACCAGCUCGUUAUUCCGUUCUAGUUCGUGGGUUACCAAAAGAUGCAACUGAACGCGAAAUUCUCGAACAUUUUAAUACUCGAUACGAUUUGACAAAACCUGAAAGUUAUUGUAAACUUUGGUUUGGAUGUUGUUGGGGUCGACGUCAUCUUGUCAAGCAUUCGCAUUCAAGUAAUGCAAUCAAUCGAAAUGUUGUUUCGAAUGUCGAUCAUUUAGAACAUUCAACAACUAUUUCGAAAGAAUUCUAUAAAAAUACAUGGAUUGCAGAAGUUAGUGUAGCUCAUCCAACUGGAGGACUCUUACGUGCAUAUUUAUCUACAAAACAUCUUGGUGAGAAGAAAGAAGAGAUCGAAGCACUGAUUCAAACGUUAGAAGAUGAAAAACGACUUUAUCCAACGGAAUUUCAACCUGCUGAUGAAAAAUUAAUUCAUGCAUCGCGUAAAAAACUUGAAAAACUGCAUUCUCGACUUGCUAAACAUGAGCGAGAGAUUGAAAUUAUCAAGCACGUUGUACCAAAAUCAGACAAGAUGCAAGAAAAAAAAAAGCGAAUGGAAAUGAAAGCAAAGAAUGCAACGUCAAAAGAAAAACUUGCUGCAGCGGCUUUAGCUGCUAAGACUGCAGCAACGAAUACACAACAAGCAUUUAAUUGGGAAGCGUGUGAGUGUGCUUUUGUCGUGUUUAAUAAUCUCGAAUCUCGACGUCGAUGUUUACAAGAUUAUCGUAAUUCAACACGAUAUUUAUCACGAAAAUGGCAACCAAAAGAACUUCGUUAUCAUGGAUUUCCAUUGAUUGUCACCACUGCACCUGAACCAUCAAAUAUCUUAUGGGAAAAUCUAGAAGUUACAAAUCGUGGACGUUUUUAUCGUCAAUUUGUCACAAAUCUGAUCACAGUGAUGUUAUUAGUUAUUUCAUGUGCGAUCAUUUCGGCUGCACAGACAACUCAAGAACAAUUUGCGAGUAAAUCACCACCUGAAGGACUGUGUGAUCGUGCUCUACCUGCUGUGUAUUAUGCAGAUACAUCAUUUGCUUUUAAUGCUCAGAAAAAAACAAUUCCAUGGACUUUAAUGUGGGAUUCAUCUCGGACUUGUACGAUUGAUAAGUCAGGAGAAGCUCGUUAUUAUAUCAGCUACUCCAACCAUAUUGUUAAUAAUUUGAAUACUUCGAAAAUCUCGUACGGACCUGAAUAUCGAAAUCCAAAACGAUGUGUUGAUUCAUGUAUUUCGGAUUCAAGUUCAGACAUUUGCCAUACGUUACCAUGUUUUUAUUAUAAUGAUCUUGUACGGAUGAAAGGAUUCACAUGUCAAGCAUAUGAAGCAAGCCACGUCUUGUCAUGCUUUUGCUCAACGCAAUUAUUGGAAAGUAUUCAAAAAUAUGGAUUUAUCAAUGGAUCGAAGAGACUUUGGACGAUCUUACCAUGUCGUGGAUUUACGAAAGAUUAUCUACUUAAGAAUGCUUUUACAUUAUUAGCUGCGGGUAUUGUUGUGAUAGUCAAUUCUUUAUUAAAAACAAUCUUACGCAUGUUUGCAGUGUUUGAGCGACAUACUAGUGAAUCGACAAAGAUCAUUCGAGUAGCCAUUCGGAUGUUUGGUGCUCAAUUUCUUAAUACUGCAGUUAUUGUGAUGAUUGUAAACGCUUCAUUUGGCUUACGUACAGUUCCUGUCGUGAAAGAAUUACUAGGAGGUAAGUUUCGAGACUUUGAACGAGGAUGGUAUCCCACAGUUGGAAUGGGAAUUGCAACGACCAUGUUAUUAAACGCAUUUUUACCUCAAAUCACACUGUUAGUACAAAUGUGGCUCGUGUCACCAUUGCUUCAGUGGUACAAACGUCGUGCUAUUCGUACACAAGCUAAGAUGGAUAAAUUGUACGCAGGUCCAACGUUUGAUAUUUCACUACGAUAUCCAAUGGUACUCAAUACUGUCUUUGUCACUAUGGUCUUUUGUGGAGGCUCUCCUGUCUUGCUUUAUAUUGCUGUUGUGGCUGCAACGGGUAUUUAUUGGCUUGAUAAAUUGUCAAUUUUAUACUUGUAUAGUGUCAAAACAACGUACGAUGAGAUUCUAGGUGAAGUGACACUUCAAGUCUUACCAUGGACAUUAGCUUUGCACUUGGGGUUUUCUGCUUGGAUGUAUGGCAAUCCUGAUCUUUUGCAAGGGACAAUGCUUGAUUUACCAUGGCUUUUAAAAACAAUAGGACUCUCUUCUGUGGUCAAACAACAUCCAAACGCAACUGCUGAUGAAUUAUACGAAAUCUUGACAAAUGAAGUGGAAAAAUACGACGUUUUGGGACCUCAUGGAUUACUUGUAAAGAUAAUUUACUCUCAUGUCAUGCUUAUGACGGUUCUGUGUCUUAUUGUGACACUUAGCCUCUUAUUGUACACGAUCUUUGGAACAAUCGUAUUUGUUGUACUUCGACAGAUGUGGACAAUCAUCAAACAUGCAUUGCUCUUUCCUGUGAAACAGAUUUUAUCAUUGUGUUUAAAAAUUGACAAUCAAUUGAUCUCGAAAACAACAAAGAAACCAUCUGUGGUUUACUUACCAGAAUUUGCUGAACCAUUUGUCAUGUCAGUUACACGACCAUACAAAGCAGAUGAAGGUCUUGGAUUUCACAAACAUUUAACGGAGAAUACGUACAAAGUGACGUGUAUUUGGCCGGAAGAUACGCUUGAUGGAUUGGAAAGAGUGGCAGGGGACCCGAAAUUAACGUGGGAAACUAUGCAAGCACCUGUCAAGUCAUAUGCAAUUGAAGCAAAUGAGAAAUAUCGUCAUAGUGUCAAACAAGUGCUGAAAGCUUGGCAGAUUGUAAAGAAAAAUCAAAAAUUAGAUAUUAGUCCUGAAUUAGUAGCGAUAGAUGUGCAGUUAACGAAUCCAAGCCUUGAGGAUAAAGUAAACAACAAAGACAACAAGAGUUUGGAUGCACCAAUUGAAGCGAUUAGGCCGGAAGAGGUUGUUGAAACCAAGAUUUCAAUUGAUGAAGAUGAAAGUUUAAAUUACGUUAACGAGAAGGGACAAGAUGAAGAAAGAGAGGGUCAAGUCGAAAAAGGAUUAUCCACGAAUGAUGUCGAGAAAAAGGAUCAAGACACUUCGAAUGACGUUAAAGAUGAGGGUCAAGACAUCGAUACUUUAUCUUCAGAAGCUAGAGAUGAGAGUCAAGAUAUGAAGGUAGUUACUGUGGAAGUUAAUGGAGAGGGUCAAAACCUGGAAGUUCUUUCUAAUGAAGUAAAUGAAGAGGGUCGAUGCGUGGAGAAUUCAUCUCUGGAAGUUAAUGAAGAGGGUCGAGACGUCAAUUUAAAGUCAAAUGACGUUACGAAAGAGGGUCAAGAUAUGAAUGUAUCAAUACUGGAAGUUAAAGAAGAGGGUCACAACAUAAAGAUAUCAUCUCUGAUAGUUAAUAGUGAGGGUCAAGACACCACAGCAUUACCUCUGAAAGUUAAAGAAGAGGACCAAGAGAUCGAAGUAUCUUCGAAUGGCGUUAAAGAAGAGAGUCAAGACUCUGAAUUUUCAUCAUUGGAAGUUAAAGACGAGGGUGAAGACGUCGAGGUAUCUUCGAAUGAAGGUGAAGACUUCGAGGUUAUUUCCAAAGAAUCCGAAGAAGGGGAGCAAAAGAUCAAUGUGGAAUCUUCGGAGGCUAAAGAAGAGAGUCAAGACAUUGCAGUAUCAUCUUUAGUAGUUCAGGAAGAUGGUGAAGACUUUAAGGUUUCAUUGAAAGACGCUGAAGAAGGGGAUGAAGACAUUACGGUGCCAUCAUUGGAAGCUGAAGAAGAGGGUCAUGACAUCGAAGCAUCUUUGGAUGGCGUCAAUGAAGAGAAUCAAGUCGUCGAGGUAUCAUCUUUGGAAGUUAAAGACGAGGGCAAAGACAUCGCCACUUUGAAUGAGGGUGGAGCCUUCGGAGUAUGUUUGAAUCACGCUGAAGAAGAGGAUCAAGACAUCAAUGUGCCAUGUCAGGUAGCCGAUGUAGAGGUUCAAGAUUCCGCAGUAUCAUCUUUAACAGUUCAGGAAGUGGGUGAAGACUUCGGGGUUUCUUUGAAAGACGCUGAAGAAGGGGAUAGAGACAUAACGGUGCCAUCUCUGGAAGCUGAAGAAGAGGGUCAUGGCAUCGAAGCGUCUUCGAAUGGCGUAAAAGAAGAGAGUCAAGACGUCAAAGUAUCAUCUUUAGAAGUUAAAGACGAGGGUAGAGACGUCGAGGUAUCUUUGAAUGAAGGUGAAGACUAUGGGGUUCUUUUCAAAGAAUCCGAAGGGAGCGAGCAAGAAAACAACGUGCAGCUUUCGGAAGCUAAAGAAGAGAGUCAAGACAAUGAGGUAUCAACUUUGGAAGCCAAAGAAGAGGGUCAUGACAUCGAAGCAUCUUCGAAUGGCGAUAAAGAAGAGAGUCAAGUCGUCGAAGUAUCAUCAUUAGAAGUUAAAGACGAGGGUGGAGAUGUCGAGCUAUCUUUAAAUGAUGAUGAAAAUGAGGGCAAAAACGACGUUCAAGAAGAGAUUAAAGGCUUUGAGGGUCAAAACGUCGAGGCAUUUGCAAUAGAACCAAAGAGAAUGAGAUGA